UACAAUAGUUUGGCUCCCCUGCAAAACCGUAAUCAGCAGAUUAGAGUUCAUCUCAAGCGUGUCUGAUAUUUUCAUGUGACUUUUUUACAUCUGUAUUAUUUUUUCAUAUUAAAUGGACUAAAUAACAAUGCGUAAGGGAAAGCUAAGUUUGUUGUUGUUUGUUACUCUAUGUGCUGUAAUUAUACAAAUUAACGCGGACAAUGAUGAAGUUCCAUUAACCAAACUUGGUGCAAAAACAGGACCCACAUUAAAAUUCUUUUAUUGUUAUUCAUGUGGAUACAGAAAAGUUUAUGAAGAAUAUGUCGGUAUUCUACGACAAAAAUAUCCAGAAUUACAGAUUGACGGAGAAAACUUUAAUCCUCCUGGAUAUAACAUGUUGAUAGCCAAAAUUUUAGGAACAGCAAGAAUUUUGAUUAUAGUUUUAAUCAUUAGCGGAGUUAACAUAUUUCAACGACUUGGUCAACCAGAACCAUCAUUAUGGCGAUGGUGCAUUGACAAUCGUUUUUAUGCCUGUGUAAUGAUAUUUUUUAUUUCCAAUGCAGUAGAAGGUCAGCUUAUUUCAUCAGGUGCAUUUGAAAUACAUUUUAAUGAUGUACCCGUAUGGUCAAAACUUGAAACAGGAAGAAUACCACAACCACCAGAAUUGUUCCAGAUAAUUGAAACUCAUCUGCAUAUGCAAUUUCUGGAUGUGGAUGUUGGAAAGAUUGGUUUUAAUAAGUAAUAUCAUAUUAUUAUAGUUUAUAUACUGUAUUAAUUUAAUUAUUUUCAUUAUUGGGAAUUUGCCUUUGGCAAAGUAUGAUACACUUGAAUGAUCUUGAUUUAUUUUUAUGUAUUGAUAAUUCGUUAUGAAUGUCUCCUACAACUAGUAUGCUAUGUAAGAUAGAGAGUAAAAAUCUAUAUAUCUAUAACAUUCUAAUAAAAUAGUUACCAAAGCGACAUUACAAUAAUGAUCUACAUCUGCUAUUUUAAUGUAAACAUAAUAUUUCAACAUAAAUAUUUAAAAAAUCGUAUAUACAUUCGUUCCUCACUGUAUAUGUAGUUGUCAAUAGUUUGGUAACAAAAUAGGAGUCCAACAUAAUCUUGUAUAUAAAUAAAAUAAAAGUAUUGUAAUAAUCUUUUAAAUGUAA